AUGUAUGCCGCUGUCGGCCUUCUGGACUGCCACUAUACUACAGGAAUCAAAGAGCAUCAUUAUACCAAGGUCUCACUCAACUAUGGCGAUGGGGAUGCAAUAGAACUCGACACAGGCGGCCUUGAAUGGCUGAUGCGGGGCGCCCCCAAGAUGCGAGCAAUUUUGCCGAUUAUUGGAGACCAGGUGUUUCUGGAGCAGGAGAAAUCACUCGUCUGGACUUAUUUUCCCGAUGAGGAGGUCUACGUUUCCGCCGUUCUGACAGAGGCCGGUAUUGAUCAUGCUGUCAUUAAUGCCGGGUUGACCGCCAGAGAGAGAUCAAACAUUGUGAAGUCGUUUACUCAAGACCUCGACAAGUGCAUGGUAUUGGUGAUGAGUUACUUGGUCAGUUCAGCCGGUCGGAACCUGCAGAAUCUGUGCCAUAAUCUCCAAUAG